AAUUAGAAAUAAAUUGCUAUUUUAAUUGAAAUUACCUGCCUAUUGCAUUGAAAUAUGAAUAAACGAAUCCUCAGCUCACCAUUUGCGUGACCUAGCAAUGUUUAUACAAUUAUAUUAACUUGAAAUUCAGUAAUGUUUAUUCAAAAAAUACUAUUACUCAUCGCACUUAUAAGUGGCAUACACACUGCCGAGGACCAAGUUAUAGACAACCUUAAUGAUCCAAGCUUAAGAAAUAUUUCAGGACUAAAGAAAAAUAAAAAUCCGAAACAGGAAUGGUCGUUCGAAAACUACGUGAAGAAAUUCGAACCAGCCACCAUAUGGGAGCGAAUAGACAGAAAGAAAAAGUAUGAAGGACUGAACAUCACAGACGAAGAACAAACAGAGAUGAUGAUAAAGGGCAUUGACCCAUUCGAUGAAGUCAUGAAUAUGAGAGUCGAAAAUGGGGAUCCUAAACUGAUCCUCCAGCGAGAUGGCAGGCGAGGAUGGAAGGCUCCCACCAAAGCGAACACGGAUAAAGAGGAUAGAUUCUACCUCCGACGCAGGCUAUACGAGUUGAUGAAGCAAGUCAUUUACCAGACCAGAAACAAGAUGGUUGUCAUGCAGGUAAACAGGGAAGGACUUAAGAAUUCUUCACUUUACAAAAUGGGAUUCCUGAUGAGUAGGAUCGAUAAUUUAGUAAAGACCUACACCAUGUUCUCUAUAAGAGCACUAAAGGGCUGUACUUUGACGAUAACGGAGCUAUUUAUUAAAAAUCCCACAUAUGACAUUCUGUCUGCUAAUGAGAGACAAAUAAGCUUGUUGUUCAACUUGGAACUCUUAGUCGAAUUGGUUCGUAGGAACGAUAAAAAAUGCAGACGCCUCUUCAAGAGACAUAAACUGAACAGAAAGGAACAAUUCAAUAUGGUGUUUGAAAAUUAGAUAUGUUUGUUUAAUAUUUUUAUUAUAAAUGUUAAAUCUUUAUCUAUUAAUAUCAAUUGCUGUUCGUCAGUCUCGCUCAACUCGAGAACGGCUGGACCAAUUUGGCAAAUGUUGGCCUUAAAUUGUUUGUGGAAGUCCAGGAAAGGUUUAAAAGGUGAGAAAAACAUGUUUAAGGCGGUUCGAAGUUUGCUGGGCCAGCUAGUAUAAUGUAUGUAUUUAUAAAACCGUUAGAUAC